AUGCCGUCAGACGAGAUCCCCUCACAAUCGCGGAUAGACUUGUACGACUCCACCUUGAUCGUGCCCUCGGACUCGGAAAACUACUCUGCAAAUAACGAUCUAUCCUCCCUGUCACCCCCUUCCACGUCAAGUUCUCCCGUCGUUCUCUACAAGCCUCCCACGCUGUGGGGUCUACUACGAGGUGCGGCUAUCAAUCUUCUCCUCCCAUUUAUCAACGGCCUGAUGCUGGGAUUUGGUGAGCUGCUGGCACACGAGGCUGCGUUUAGGUUAGGAUGGUUGGGUACCAAGAUAUUCCCCACUCAUCGGCGAUCACAUCCGCUUGGUCCUGGUAUUGAAGUCCGUGAGGCUCCCCGCGAAAAGCCGCCACGGAAUAGAUAUGAUCUGGAAGAAGUGGCCUUGCUGGACUGA